CAGUUUUGUUCCUCUAUCAAGCCCCUCCACCUCCACCACAGGAAGCUCAGCUAGCCUGUCUGGACCACACCGAAGAUGGAAGGAAAGGAAGUGGAUGGUAAACGAGUCCAAACUAAUGGAACUCUUUCGAAAAUGUACAAUUUGCGGAGUAGUAAUGUGCGACCUCAACCAGAACAUAAAAACAUUUGCCAGCAGAAUACAAAUCACAUGGAAAUGCAACAAUGGACACACUGGGGAAUGGGAGUCAUGUCCCAAUACUCGGGGAAUGGCUGAAAAUAACCUCCUUUCAGCAGCAGCCACACUUUUCACAGGUGCAACAUACACAGACAUUGCUGACUGGGCUGGGCUAUUGAAUCUUCAGCUACCACAAAAAUCCGCAUUUUACACCAUACAGUCAAGCUACCUCAUUCCUGUCAUCAGCGAAGCCUACAAGAAGCAGGAAAGCAUCAUCAAAGCCAGACUCAUCUGCCAGACUCUGGAUGGUGAGAGUGUGCAUGUCUGUGGGGAUGGGAGGAGCGACAGCCCAGGCCAUUCGUGCAAAUACACCACAUAUUCAUUCAUGGAUGACUCUACCAACCAAAUUGUUGUUUUUGAUUUGAUUCAGGUGACCCAAGCCAAAAAGUCUGUUGCCAUGGAACCAAUCGGUUUCAAAAAAGGUCUGGAUAAGCUUUUAGAUGAAGGGAUUAAUGUGAAAGUGGUGACCACUGACAGACAUCCCUCCAUCAGGAAGAUGAUGCGAGAGGACUAUCCGGACAUCGCACACCAGUUUGACCCAUGGCAUGUAGCAAAAGGAAUAAAAAAGAAAUUGGUUAUGGCCUCUAACCGUAAACAUUGCAAGGACCUUGCUCCAUGGGUAAGAAGCGUGAGCAACCAUAUGUGGUGGAGCUGCAGCUCCUCUAAAGGAGAUGAAAAGGAGUUGCUUAGACGAUGGACGUCCAUCCUCCAUCACAUAUGUGAUGUCCAUCGAUGGGAGGAAAACGGAAUUUAAUACAAGUGCUACCAUGCUGACCUCUCAUCAGAUGAACAACGGAAGAAGAAAUGGUUGACUCAGGACUCACCUGCCUACAAAGCUCUCUAUGAAGUUGUGUUGAACACGCGUCUACUGAAAGAUCUGGAGCAAAUGGCGCUGUUCAAGCACACAGGACAACUCGAGGUUUUCCACAACGCCCUGUUGAAGUACUGCCCGAAGCGCCUGCAUUUUGAGUACCAAUCCAAGCAGGCACGCACAAUGUUGGCCAUUAUGGACCACAAUGAAAAUCAUGACUCACCACGUAAACCGGAAGAAACAAGUGGCCUCCCAAGACACAACAUUGUGUACCAAAAACAGUCAAAACAGUGGAUUGCAAGACCUAUUUACACAAAGACAACCCAAAAUUUCAGAGAUGACCUUAUGGAGGAUGUUGUUAAAAGAAGACUAGACCCAUCCAUCAAAUAUAAAGACUCAUCAUCUCGCAUUCAAGUCCCGUGCCUGGCAGCAAAUAUUGGCCUCCAUCCAAAACCCAGCAAGGAGGAUGUAAUCGAAGGCCACACAUCAAGAUUCAAAACUUAGUUUUAGACCUUCAGUGCCUUCUCCAAAUCAUAUUUGUGUUAUUUUUUUGUCAUACAUUUAUUCAUAAUAAUAAAUAACAGUAUUUCUCAGUUUUCUCUCUGUUUUCUCUUGUUAUGGCGAAUCAGCAUGCACAUUGACUUGGAUGUAAUACUUCUAUAGUAAAAGCUUUUUUAUCACAUGUUGGUAAUACAUUACCAGAGUUUAUUAAAUCAAGUAAACAGAGAUGACAGGAUUUGCAAAGACUUUAUUCAUGAAAUCAGUUACAGCAUAUUUAUUGCCUCCUGUGCCUCUUGAAAGCCAAUAUAUAUACCAGACUCUGAUGGAUAUUUUUUACGAAUAGCAACGACCACACAUGAUGGCAAUGGUGUUCGAUUUCCUCUGCCCAAUGUCUCUCCCUUCAAGGCCCACUCCAGCACAACACGAUAAGCCACCAACCUAUAUUGCCUGUGAAAACAUCAACUCUAUGUGAAUACAGGUAUAAUAUGGGUCGAUCUAUACAUGCGUCAUGAUUAAAAUAAUCACUUGCUCUGUGGAAAGCUGUCCAUUUGGUCCAUUCGGCGUGGGGCGUUUUUUCCAGUUCACUUUGUCACACCAGAAAAAAAAAUCGAGUACUGCAGAAUGGAUCAGCGCCGUGAAAUCCUCUGUAGAUG